AUGACUCCUCACCCCCUAUAUAAACUCUUCUCCAUCUUGUUUGUCAGUUCAGAUAUCGUAUUCCCGCCAAUCGAGACGAUAAAUUAUGUUUAAAUUAACAAUAUUUGCUCUGUCUGUGGGUGCUGUUAUAUGCGCUCCACAGCCCGAGAAGCUGCCAGUUAUGAAAAAAGCACCGGCUGAAGUUCUCUUCAGAGUGUCUGAAAAGUCUGAAUUAGUUCUAGAAUGUGCUACAGAAGAUAAGGAACCUGACGUCGAGUACUCCUGGUUAAAAGACGGUAAACCGUUCACACCAACCUCUGACAUCGUCCAAAAAGACAACGAAGGGACUCUUGUGUUCAAAAAACCCGCAAAAACCGACCAAGGCCAAUACCAAUGUUUGGCCAAAACCAACUUUGGAACCGCCAGUUCCAGAGUCAUUAAUGUCAGAGAAACUUACAUCGACGUACCAUCAGUUAACUUAAAGAAACACAAGCCCGUUGAAGGAGAUGUCUUCAAACUAGACUGUGCCAUCCCAAAUUCCUAUCCCAAACCCGAAAUUAAAUGGCUUUACCAAUCCAUAUCCGAUCCCAGCAUAUCUCGUACUAUCCUGAAUUACAGGAUAAUGUUGUCGCCUUUGGGCGAUUUGUUCUUUACUAAUAUUACUAAAGAGGAUGCGAGUCCAGAGUACAAAUACGUCUGUGUUGCGAAGUCACCAGCUCGUGAUGAUGAGGUGGUGCUGGCAGAACAUGUGAUCGAGGAUAUUGUUCCUGGUGGUCCCAAAGACGCGGAGUUGGUAAAACUGUAUACCAGUAGCGAUAUGACGGCCAAAGUCGGUGACGUCACGAUGAUUUACUGCAUUUAUGGCGGAACUCCCCUGGCCUACCCGGACUGGUACAAAGACGGUAAGAACGUGAACAACCAGCCUUCCGACCGCGUGACCCGCUACAACAGGAGUGGCGGCAAACGAUUGCUUAUCAAGGAGACCUGGCUGUCUGACGAGGGCGAGUACACCUGCAUCGUUGACAAUGGAGUCGGCAAGGUCCAGAAUAACACCAUCAAGCUUACCGUUGUCAGCGCGCCCGCAUUCAUCAAAGUAGGUCCACCUACGUUGGUCGUGAAGUCGGGCUCGGACUUCACGCUCCCCUGCGAGGCGGCCGGGGCCCCGCCGCCCGCGCUCCGCUGGUCGCUCAACGCGCAGAGCCUGCCCGCGGGCGCUCCGCAGUCCGUCUCGCGGGGCGGCAGCUCGGCCGCGCCGCUGAGCGUGCGCCAGGCGCGGCGCUCCGCCGCGGGCUACUACGGCUGCCGCGCGAGCAGCGCCCACGGGGACGUGUACUCCGAGACGCUGGUCUACGUGCUCUGACCGACUCGCCGAGCUGCGGCUAUUGAUAAUCGACAUUGUUACUUUUGUACGUGUCAAUAAAAAAAAAAAAAAAAAAAUUAUUGCUUUCUUUUCUUUUUCCUACGACCAGCCCCCUCUGGACCGUUUACUAUGAGAUUCUGGUCUACGACGUGCAAUGAUCAAAACUAUGUUCAGUAGUACUAAGUAUUU